UCUGCUGGUUCGUGCUGCUGCUGUCAGAAGAGGAAAGAAGCAACUAAAGUCCAAAUGGAGCCCCAAAAGAAGUUGAUAAACUCAGUGGACAGCUGUGUGGACGAGGCGCUCUGCGGACUCGUCAGGGCCAGCGGGGGUCUGUCUCUGCUGAAGGGCCACAGAGUCGUGCUCCGGUCCGACUUGAACAACCUGAGGGGCAAAGUGGCCCUGCUGUCCGGAGGGGGGUCGGGACACGAACCUGCACAUGGGGGUUACAUCGGUGCAGGCAUGCUGUCAGCAACAGUAGCAGGUGGAGUAUUUGCGUCUCCACCUCCUGCUAGCAUCCUGGCUGCUAUUCUCUGCUUACACAACGCAGGAGCCUCCGGGGUUCUUCUCAUUGUGACGAACUACACUGGUGACCGCCUCAACUUUGGACUGGCGGCAGAGCAGGCCCGUAACCAUGGCGUCACUGUUGAGAUGGUGAUAGUUGCCGAGGACUGUGCCUUUGAACGCCCCAGUAAGGCCGGGAGGAGAGGCUUGUGUGGCACCGUCUUCAUACCAAAGCUGGCAGGUGCCUUAGCAGAAGAAGGCUGCUCAUUGGACAAGAUCGUUUCCACGGCGACAGAGGCUUUGAAGGGGAUUGGCACACUGGGGGUGAGUCUGUCUCCGUGCAGCGUUCCUGGCUGCCUGCCGUCUUUUGAUCUGCCGCCAGGAGACAUGGAGCUGGGACUGGGAAUCCACGGUGAACCUGGAAUCAAAAGGUCAAAGGUGGCGUCUGCAGAUGAGGUGGUGAAGACCAUGAUCGAUCACAUGACCAAUCCUGACAGCCAAUCGCAUCUGCCCCUGAAGCCUGGCGACAGUGUGGUCUUGUGUGUGAACAACCUGGGAGCUCUGUCCUGUCUGGAGAUCGCCGUGGUUACGAGAGCUGCCAUCAUCUGCCUGGAAAGUCGUGGGGUUAUGGUUGCUAGGGUGAUGUCCGGCUCAUUUAUGACGUCACUGGAGAUGGCGGGAAUGUCGCUGACCAUGAUGAAGGCCAAUCAGGAAAUACUGAAACUCUUUGAUGCUAAGACCAGCGCCCCCGCCUGGCCAAACCUCAGCUGUGUGAGUGUGAGCGGACGCAGCUACAUCACAGAUGCUCCAGCAAUGAGCACUCGACCUCAGGAUAACACACACCCUGAAGGGCCACUGAGUCCUGUGAUGCAUAAAGCAUUAGAGAUGGUUUGUUCAACACUGUUGGAAAAGCAGGAGGAACUCAACGCUUUGGAUCGUGCUGCCGGUGACGGAGACUGUGGCAACACUCACGCACAAGCUGCUCGAGCCAUUCAGGAGUGGCUCCAGCAUCAUGUGGUCCCUGGUUGCCCCGGACAACUGUUAUCAGUCCUCGCUGGAUUGGUGGAGGAGAAGAUGGGUGGGUCUUCAGGAGCAAUGUACAGUCUGUUCCUGACUGCGGCGGCUGGUCAUGUGACCGAAGGGCGAAGCAACGCAGCAGCCUGGGCAAGUGCAAUGCAUGCUGGGACACAGGCUGUGAGAAGAUACGGUGGUGCCGACCCUGGAGACAGAACAAUGUUGGACGCUUUGUGCCCUGCAGUGGAUGAGCUGAUGAAACUGACCACAGCACCACUCAGUGGACAGAUGACGGUACUGCAGGCGGCCGUGCAGAAAGCUGCUGUGGGGGCAGAGUCGACCCGUAACCUCACAGCGAGGGCGGGACGAGCCAGCUACAUCGCAGCGGAGCGGCUCACCCAGCCCGACCCAGGCGCCGUGGCUGUCGCCGCCAUCUUGAGAGCCGUGCUUGAGGCGCUGGAGGGGAAGAAGUAAUUCUCAGAAACCAGAAUCCGAGCAGAUUAUCACCACCAUCACACUAACAUCAUCACGAAAUAACAUAACCUAAUGUGAUUUAAUGUCCAGGUUCUUUUAAAUUGAAUUAACAACCUCAAAAAUAGUUAAAAUAUAUUUUAGCUGUUGCUUAAAUACUGGCACUUGAAUCAUGAAUUGAACAUUCCUGGUUACUAAUAAUGAAAUACAAUUAUGAGUUGUUGUUUGUAUAGAUGAUUUUCAUAGUUAAUCAUCUUUUGCACAAGACUUUGAGUGUUUUUUUAGACAUUCCUAAUCAAAGAAGACAAUGUUUUACACAAAAAUUAACAUUUCUUACAAUGUAGAAUAAUUGUACGUGGGUUAAAAGCACUUUAAAGAUGAAACAGUAUUAAUUCUAACAAAUAAAACACAAUUUUCACAAAGUGUUUAUGUGUUUGUGUG